CGAUAAUUCAGAUUCUCAAGGACAAACCUAAUGACUAUUUGGGCGUGCAGCUUACGCAAGUUCCUCUUGAUCGGGAGAAACGUUCUACUUUGUUCCGUUGUUUCCAGAUACAAGCGAUUCAUUUCGAAUUUCGCUUAUCCUCCGUCUUCGGGGUUGAUGAAGCUCCCGUUGUUUGCUCUGGCAUUCCCUACUAUUCAGCUCAAAACGAUUGGUUUGGACCUUAAAGGCUUCAAAAACCCUGAUAUAUUCGAAUGCAUUCUAUCUAUGAACAGCAAGUCUCUCUCUAGCAUUUUGAAGGGUAGUAAGGAGGCUGUAAAAGAUAGACAUUCUUUAGGAUGGACUCCACUAAUGCUUGCAGUGGUUACCAGGAAUUACGAGUAGUUUUUUCUCAUUAUCGUUUAAUGAACUGAAGGGCAGUGAAAGAAUUGUUGAAGUCUGGCUCAAAUCCUAAUGACGUUGACAAUUAUGCUGGUAUCGUAAGAACUGCACAUGAUUUGAGAAUGAUGUCUUCGGAAGUUGAGUGGAUACGGCUUACACAGUUUAGUGACUUUCUGAAUCCAUCGGCUGAUUUUCGUGGUUGUUCUGCACUUCACUAUGCUGUGUUAAUAAAUGACUCCAAAUUGGUUCGUUUAUUGCUGGAAUUUGGGGCUGAUCCGACUAUAGUGAACGAACGUGGUCACCGUCCAGCUAUGUACGCUAAAGACUCCUCUAUCAGGGAUUUACUAGCUGAGGCUGAGUCGAAGAAGGCAGAAGAAGUGGCUGCCAAAGAGCGAGAGGAAAGACGCCUUCAACCACUAGAAAAUCGUUUACGUAAAGUAAUUGUUGGUCAAGAAGCUGCUAUUCGCACUGUUAGUGCAGGUUGGUUUAUUAUACACCUUUCUGUUUUCAUCAUUUGUAUUACUGUUGUAAUGAACGAAGACUUAGGUUUGGCAAACCAGUUUAUUAUUUCAUGCAAAAUUACACAGUUUUUUGAUAGAAUAUGAAAACCAUACACUGAAUACAUUAUUUGCACAUUUUCCUUCGGUUCUUCUUUACAUGCUUCAUGAUUCCUCCAAUUCUUUUAUUAUCACAAUUAUUCUGUUUCCCUUUUUCUUCUCUUCAAUUCAAUCUUCUGUUAACAGGCAUCCUACUUCUGAUUGCUGCUACAUAUCUGUCAGUCUAUAAGACGUAAAGAAAAUGGUUGGUAUGAUGAAGAUCAUCCACUUGUAUUUCUGUUUCUCGGUUCAUCCGGUAUAGGCAAAACGGAGUUGGCUAAACAAGUAGCAGCAUACUUACAUAAAGACAUCAAAAAGGGCUUUAUACGUAUUGAUAUGUCGGAAUACCAAGAAAAACAUGAAGUAUGUAUUUUCCAAGUUCUUUGUUAAAAUAGCUUACUAGCUCGUGUACCUGAUACAUAUUUGUGUACUUAGUUUUAAGCGUGAGGGCAACUGACACUACCUAGGUCCCCAAACGGAAGUAGAUGAAGUGGUGUCUCAAAGCCGAAAGGCCUAACCAUUGAGGCACGUCUUAACUUAUUAGGUUUUAGUUAUAUGUACAUAUACUACGGCAUAUGCUACUUAUGUCGACAGAUAUAAGUAGUAUGUAGCACAAAUUAGAAGUGAAAUUCACGACUGCAGAUUGGUAAGAUUUUUUUGAAGAAAACAGAAAGCAAUUGUAAUAACAACGGGAUUGAAAGAGUCAUAAAAUAUGUCAAGGGAGAUGUGCAAAUUAUGUAUUUGAUCUAUGGUUUUCAUAUUUUACGAAAGCAAUCUGUAAUUUUGUAUUAAAUAAUAAACUGGUUUUCCCCACCAAGUCUUUCUUCAUUACAAUACCAUUGGUUUCAACAUAAAAAUUCUUAAGAAAUAAGUGAACUACACAAGUAAACCACCAAGCUUGGGUUGUGCUGCAAAAUAAUCAAGAAUAUUCCUUCGAAGUAUUUCAACGGUUUCGUGUAUCGUUAUUGUAUCUUUAUUAUUUAAACGCACAACUUACAUAAUUGUAUAACUAAAAUGCAAAAUCAAAAUGUCAUAAUUUGUAAAUCUCAAUAAGUACAUGACAGAAACAUUAUCCAGCAUACGCAUUACGACCUAUUUAGGACUUGUCAGCUGAAUAUAUCUUCAUCUCAAUGUCACUCUGCAAACUGAAACUCGAAAUUGGCAUCUAUGGUUUUAAACGUCAACUUUUGAUUCCCUAAGUUAAUAGAGUUAAGAUAGCCAUGAACUCAUUCAACAAGUAUUAUAAAAACUCAUUGGAAACAUAUCAAUUUAUUCAUCAAAGAAUAAACGAGCGCUUUUCAUAGUCUCCUUUGUUCUCUUCACCCUAGCAUCAUUUGUGUUUUUUAUUUAUUUUUAAACACCCCGUUAAUUUGACAACAUACAAAUUGACCGAAAUCUAUUUCAAAUUAAUGUAAUUGCUCAUACCUUAUAGUGUUUCUGCAUUCCGAUACCUUUCCAUUUACAGAAUAAUACGUGUAAUAUGUAUCAAUAAUGAUUCCCAUAUUUGUGUUACUCUGUUAAUAUCGG